CUGCGCAUGCGUUUACACAUUCUUCUUGUGCUGUCGGCCUUGUUUCUCGGUGCCGACGUCUGAUUUCUUCUUCUCUGUGCGUGAACAUUGUAUGGCCAGAUACAUGAGGCCUCCAAAUACGUCUUUGUUUGUGAGGAACAUCUCUGAUGAUUCCAGAAAAUGUAAAAGCGCCAGUUGUGGAAGCGGCCACACAGAGUAACAAAGACCCAUGUAGAGUAGCUGUAAAGACAAGUCACACAGAGGCCUUCAGGAUCAGAGGGAGGGAAAAGGUUGAAAAGAGAAAAGUAAAGCACGAAGACGAAAAGCGAAACGGAGUCAAAGAUCGGCUAUGGCGCCAAAGAAUGGGCUAAAGAAAAGAGGUUUAAAAGGCAAGCAGCAACCCCAAGUCUGUGGGAGUCGGUUAAAGAAUGUAAAGAUCAAGCUCAAGUUCAAAGUCAAGCAAAGCAUGUUUGAGGACGUGCGUGAUGCAGAGGACGCUCCUCACAGCCUGGACAGGAAGUGGGUGUGCGGUCGGCAGAUUGAAAUCCAGUUUGCCCAGGGAGACAGAAAGACGCCCAAUCAAAUGAAGUCAAAGGAGCGCUCUCCAGGAGGCCGAUCCUCUCGGUACGAUGACUACGACCGUGACAGCCGUCGCAGGCGCUCACGCAGCCGCAGCUACGAAAGAUACCGAUCACGUAGUCCUUCGUACGACCGGCGUCGCAGGAGAUCUGAGAGUCCUCGGGAGUCUCGUGGUCGAGUGUAUGGAAGAGGGCGGAGCAGGAGCCGUGAGGAUGACAGAUACAGACACAGGCCCCGGAAAGAGUCUCGCGGGAGAUCACGAUCUCACUCCAGGUCCGCGUCCCCAAGAGAAACCGUCAACCCGUCUUCCUCUACUCAAUUCCAGGAGGAAGAAGUACGACGCGCACACUCCCCCUCCCACUCCAGGUCUCGUUCUGCAUCCAGAUCACGCUCCCGUUCGCGUUCUCGAUCCCGUUCCUGGGCUGGACGCAAAUCAGGAGGGCGUUAGGUAGCAGCAGCUCGCUCUUAAUUUUUUUUUUUUUUUUUUUUGUCAGAUGGUCAUGAGUCGGCCGUCGGUCAGAGGCGGCGUGUUGGUCUUCACAUGAAUGUAACGUUCACUCUUCCAUUUGUAGAAACCUUGUGUUUUCCUGCGGCCCCCGUUUUACGAACAAUCCUCGUUCUUGUUUUUAUAAAAGAUUAUUUUUGGUAUUCAGACAGUGGUGCAGUCUAAAAUAAUUUUAUGUUCUGAGGCAACAACAAUCUGGCCGUCUGUGUCUCAUCUGUUUGACCUGACAGAUAUGUUUUCUAAGCCUGGGUCGCCUUUUCUUUUCCCCGCAAACAAGACAAAGUUGUCGUUGAGUAUUUUUUAAGGAAGUCCAGACUGUCGAGGACAAGGUUUCAGUGUUGGAGCACAUUUAAUCCAAACAUCCUUUCAAUAAUCUCUUUUUAUUCUUUAGAGCAGCUUCACAGUUUACAACACAGGAUGAAGUCAUCUGUUCUGUCAGUCACAGAAUGAUUUUAUCAAGUCAUUCUGAUCAAGUCACAUGACCGACAUGGCUGAAGGUCAUAGGGCGGCUGUCUGACCUGCUAGUUCCAGUUUUGGAUCAUAAAUGCACAAAAAAAGUUCUUUAAUAUUUUCUAGUUGUUAACGCUGGUCAGCUACAAAUUUAACCUUUUUUUCAUAUUUUGUUUUUUCAUAUAUUAAAAUUGGGAAAAUGAGUUUGGAAUGAGGUGUGUGUGCGCGUGUGUUUGUGGUGGGUUUUGACCCAACUGUUCUUCUUUUUGACGGUUCUUGUCGCAGCAUGUUUUAACCUCCCGACCUGUCCAUCAUUACCUGUUAGCAAGAAACCGUUAUUUUUGAGUAAUAAAUGGAAACAUUGAAAAUAAA